AUGGCUACCUCUAUCACAACCCAGAUAUCCACCCUAAAACAGUACACAGCCUGCGACAUAGCAGAUGCGCUCCUUAAACUCUCCAUUCCCAACGCCGGAUAUCUCCCAGACCUGACUCUCCGCACAUCCGUUACCUCCACCACCAACACCCCACUCAUCGCCCCGGCAUCUACCGUGCUCUUCGCUUCCAAAUCGAAACCAGAAGCUAACGCCAAUUUUCCGGAAAGCAAUAUUCCUAAAGGGCAGCAUUAUGUGGAUUUAACGGAGAAAGGCACGAUUGUAAUUACACAGCAACCAGAGGGUCAGCAAUGUGCGGUUCUAGGCGGCAUCAUGGCGCUUAGGAUGCGGAUGAGGGGGGCUGUUGGGGUUGUGGUGUUAGGACGGGUUAGGGAUCUGGUUGAGUUGGAGAGCACUGGACUGCCUAUUUGGUCUAGAGGAACUUCGAUUGUAGGAACCGGCGCCGAGGCCAAACCACAUGCUAUUCAAGUCCCUUUGAAUAUCGAUGGGACUGUCAUCAAGCCUGGAGAUCUUGUCUUCAGCGAUGCUACGAAUGGUGUGGUUAUUAUUCCGCAGGAGAAAGUCGAAGAAGUUGUUGCUCUUUUGCCGAAGCUUGUCGAGGCUGAUGAGCGAGUUAAGGAAGAUGUUGAGAAAGGCAUGAGCGUGCAAGAAGCUUUCAAAAAACAUAGAGGAUAA